CCUCGCACCGGCGGCCGGCGUCUCACGCUCAGCCCCGCCGAAGCCAUGGCCAAGUCCAGGGGUCGUCCGCACCUGUGGAUGUGCUUGGCUGCAGCGCUGGCCUCUUUCCUGGGCGGAUUUCUGGUGGGCUGGCUUAGUAAGCCUCUCAAAGAAACAGCCACUUCAGUGGGCCCUCACCAAAAUGUAAGGGGCGAACUGCUGUCUGAGAUGAAAGCUGAAAAUAUUAAAUCAUUUCUUCGUUCUUUUACAGCACUACCUCAUCUGGCAGGGACAGAACAAAAUUUACUACUUGCCAAGAAAAUCCAAACCCAGUGGAAGGAGUUUGGACUGGAUUCAGCCGAUUUGGUUCAUUAUGAUGUUCUCCUGUCUUAUCCUAACAUGACGAAUGCCAACUAUAUAUCAGUCAUGGAUGAGCAUGGAAUUGAGAUUUUCAAAACAUCAUACCUUGAGCCACCACCAGAGGGAUAUGAGAAUGUUACCAAUAUUGUACCGCCAUAUAACGCUUUCUCACCCCAAGGUGUGCCAGAGGGAGAGCUUGUAUAUGUGAACUAUGCUCGUACUGAAGAUUUUUUCAAGCUAGAAAGGGAGAUGAACAUCAGCUGUACUGGAAAGAUUGUUAUUGCAAGAUAUGGGAAAAUCUUCAGAGGAAAUAAAGUUAAAAAUGCCAUGCUAGCAGGAGCCAUCGGAAUCAUCUUGUACUCAGAUCCAGCUGACUACUCUGCCCCUGGGGUGCAGCCGUAUCCCAAAGGAUGGAACCUUCCUGGAACAACAGCCCAGAGGGGGAAUGUGCUAAAUUUGAAUGGUGCUGGUGACCCGCUCACUCCAGGCUAUCCAGCUAAAGAGUAUACGUUUAGACUUGAUGUUGAAGACGGAGUGGGAAUCCCCCAGAUCCCUGUGCAUCCCAUUGGAUAUAAUGAUGCAGAAGUAUUACUACGCUACCUGGGAGGCGCUGCUCCACCAGAUGCGAGCUGGAAGGGAAGCCUUGAUGUGGAUUACAAUAUCGGACCUGGCUUUACAGGGCAUGGUUCUUUCAGGAAGGUUAAAAUGCAUGUUCAUAACAUCAAUAAAAUCACAAGAAUUUACGAUGUAAUUGGAACUAUCCGAGGAUCUGUGGAACCUGACAGGUACGUUAUUCUGGGAGGUCAUCGGGACGCCUGGGUAUUUGGAGGUAUUGACCCAACUAGUGGGGCUGCAGGUUUGCAAGAAGUUGUCCAGAGUUUUGGAAAGCUGAUGAGUAGAGGCUGGAGACCUAGGAGAACUAUCAUUUUUGCCAGCUGGGAUGCAGAAGAAUUUGGACUUCUGGGUUCUACAGAAUGGGCUGAGGAGAAUGUGAAAACACUUCAGGAGAGAGGGGUUGCCUAUAUCAACGCAGAUUCAUCCAUAGAAGGCAAUUAUACUCUCAGAGUUGACUGUACACCCCUUCUUUUCCAGCUGGUGUAUAAGCUGACAAAAGAGAUCUCCAGCCCCGAUGAUGGUUUUGAGAGUAAAUCACUUUAUGAAAGCUGGUUGGAAAAGGACCCUUCACCGGAAAAUAAAACUUUGCCCAGAAUCAGCAAGCUGGGAUCCGGAAGUGAUUUUGAAGCUUAUUUUCAGAGGCUUGGAAUUGCUUCAGGCAGAGCCCGUUACACUAAGAACAGGAAAACAGACACUUACAGCAGCUAUCCAAUGUACCAUACAAUUUACGAGACGUUUGAAUUGGUAGAGAAGUUUUAUGACCCCACGUUUAGCAAACAGCUUGCUGUGGCACAGUUACGAGGAGCACUGGUGUAUGAGCUUGCAGACUCUCAGAUCAUUCCUUUCAAUGUUCAAGACUAUGCAAAAGCUUUGCAAAACUAUGCAACAAGUAUCUACAAUUUAGCUAAGAAACAUGACCAAGAAUUGAGAGACCAUGGAGUAUCAUUUGAUGCCUUAUUUUCUGCUGUGAGAAACUUCUCAGAGGCUGCAUCAGAUUUUCACAGAAGACUUGCAGGAGUUGAUCUUAAUAACCCCACUGCUGUGAGAAUCGUGAAUGACCAGCUGAUGCUCCUGGAAAGAGCAUUCAUCGAUCCCCUUGGCUUACCAGGGAGGCCGUUCUACAGGCACAUCAUCUUUGCUCCAAGCAGCCACAACAAAUAUGCUGGAGAGUCAUUUCCUGGCAUCUUUGAUGCUAUGUUUGAUAUUGAAAAUAAAGCAGACCCUCGUUCAGCCUGGGCAGAAGUAAAGAAACAGAUUUCUAUCGCAACCUUUACAAUUCAAGCAGCAGCUGGGACUCUGAAAGAAUUGUUAUAGUGAAGUGUCAGCCAAGUGGUCAUCCAUUAAAAGUGUCGCUGAAAGUCUGAGGGUAAAAUCCUUCUUUCUUUUUGAUAACUCAUGAAGCCAGAGUAUGCAGAAAUCUUGCUUUUUAUGUCAUGUUUUGAUUUUAGACUUCCACCUUGUUCAUCUGCAGACAGAUUUUUGGCUUUUAAAAAUCUGUAACUUCAUCAUCAAAGUGCUAAUCUAAUAAAACAAAGCAAAAAGACUUCAACCAUAUGGUAGAAAGAGAUAAAGUAACUGAAAAUUCCCUAAAAUAAAUGCGGCAAGGAACUCGAGCUCUCAGACCUGGCUGGUAGGAAUGUAACACAGUUCAGUCACUUUGGAAAACAGUCGGUCAGGUUCUUAUAAAGUUUAAUAUAACUCCAACAUUCUACUUCUAGGUAAUUUCUAAAGAGAAGAAAAAACGUGGUCACUGAAAGACUCUUACAUGUGUGUUCAUAGCAGCUUCAAGUGGAAAUAACACAGAUGCCCAUCAACAGAUGAAUGGAUAGAUUGUGGUCUGGCCACAGUGGAAUACCACUGAGCCAUAAAAAUGAAGUAAUUGCCAAUACGUGUAAUCUCACUGGCAGACAUUGUUGAGGGAAAGAAUCCAGACACAAAAGAAAGCCUAGUAUGUGAUUCUGUUUAUAUGAAGAAGCAAAGCUAAUCUGUGACCGAAGUUAGAACAGUGAUUGCCUGGGUCCAGUAAGGGGCAGGGAGGAGGCCUGCGGCUAAAGAGGCAUAAGUAAGCUUUCUGGGAAGAUGGGAGUCUUCUGCAUCUUGAUCUGGGUGAUAAAUACACAGGUAUAUACAUUUGUCAUCCUAAUCAAACUGUAAACUUAAAAUAUGUAAAAAUUAUACCAUAAUAAAUUUGAUUACCAAAAAAAGGGGGGGGGGGCGUCUGGCAAGGAAACUGGAAUAGCACACCUCUUGUGAAACCACUGUGGAAUACAAAUGGUAAGGAAAAACUGAACACUGUACUUUCGGUAACGUCAACUGUAUUGAAUAGUCUAAGUGAUGGGUGAAGAAAAUACAGUUGACCCCUGAAGAACAUGGGUGUUAGGGGCGCUCUGUGCAGUCGAAAGCCUGUGUGUAACUUUAUAGCUGGCCCUCCAUACGCUUGGUUCUGCAUCCAUGGAUUCAGCCAACCAUGGAUCAUGUACUACUGUAGUACAUGGUGAAAAAAAAAUCGGCGUGUAACGGGACCCAUGCAGUUCAAACCUGUGUGGUUCACGAGUCCACUGUUGCCACAAACCUUCGUACUGAUUCCUAUUGAGUAGAAAAGUGUAUCAGCAGGUGCAAACUUUCAUGCAGAGCCUAAGACUCAGAAUUAAUGGGCAAAAUAAGAUGAAAGCUUCAAAAAGCACGGUUGUUCAGUUACUUAGCUAAAGAGUUGAGAAUCAAAAAUUAAUAAGAAGUGACAGCUCAAAAUUUGCAAGGAGAAACUACCCCUUGUUACCUGUGUUCGCUGACCAACAAUACAAUUUAAUACAAGAGUGGGAGUGUCUACCUUGGGGACAAACAUUUCCUAUAUGUUCAAUAUUAAUAGGUGGUGAUUCCCCAUGAUAUAUAAGUGGCCUUGACAGCAAUGACCCUGAAUCAGCAGGGUAAGUUUUAAUAUACUCUAUUUGUUUAACUUAAAGAGGCAAGAGUAUUCUGCUUUAAAGAGCAAUAAAAUGUUAUUUAUGAAGUAUAAAUUCAUAAAGCAUAUGAAAUGAGAGUUUUGUAAAAUAAUUUAUUUUAGCAAAUGUAAAGACUUAACUUUAUUACCAUAUUACCUUAGCAUACACUUUAUUUUAGGGUAGAGCCCUAUGUUGCAGAGAGAACACUGAGUUACGGUGCUAAGUCACACUUCUCUACUGUCCCAGCUGAGGAAAUCCCUACAUGUUCGGGGGCAUCCGUUUCCUCAUGAGUAAUGAUUGUUAAGUUUCCCUCCAACUCUAUUAUUUCAUUUCUAAAGGAGAUGCAACAAAAGUUUAUGAAUCUCUUUUACGUUCUUCCCAGUGGCAGCCUUCCAGAAGAGACGUAUGUAGCUAAAACGGCAUGUGUGGGUUGGAAACACGAGUCUGGAGAAAAAUAGUAACCUUUGCAACUUACUGUUUAAUUGGUAAUUUUAAAAAAAUAAUCUUUGAUCAAGAGUUGAUCAUGAGAAUAGAACAAGUGAUUAUGUGUCAUGCAGUGUAAUAAACUCAGAGAAUAUGUACUACCACACAGAACAUGUGUUUGAGCUAUUUUUUAAAAAGUCUUCCCCCUAGGGCUAUUUUAUCUAGGAGAUGCUUUAUGUAAGCCACUUGGUAACCCAAAGCAAAAAUCUGGAGUGGUCACAAAAUGUGAAAAAAAGAGGCUGAGCAAAUCAUCAUGGAAAACCACCCCUUUACAAAGGGAGAAACAGGGAAAAGGAAACAGGGGAUAUAAAACAACCAGAAGGCAAACAAUAAGAUGGCAGCAGUAAUCACUAGAGAGAAAUGAACUGAAUUCACCAAUCAGAAGUCACAGAUUGGCUGGCUGGAUUAGAAAACAAUGACCUAACUAUAUAAUUUCAGCUCUAGAGAUACACACGGGCUCAUGGUGAAGAUUCAAAAUAAGGCUAUUAUAUGCAACCGAAAUCCAAACCAAAGUGGGUAGAGCCAUACUUAGACAAAAUAGACUUCAAGCCAAAAAAAUGAUACCGAGAGACAGAAAGGUCAUUAUAUGAUGACAAAAGGGUCAAGACAUCAAGAAGAUAAAACAAUCAAAUAUAUGCACACCCAACAUCUGCAACUUAAAUGUAUUAAGCAAAUACUGAGAGAUGUAAAGGCAGAAACAGACAAUGCAAUCUUAGUAGAGGACUUCAACACCCCACUGACAACAAUGAUCACUAAUCAUCCAGACAGAAAACCAGUAAGAAAUGUUGGAGUUAAACCACACUCUAGAGCAAACGAUCUUAACAGACAUGGAACAUUCCAUCCAAGAGCAGCAGAAUAUACGUUCUUCUCAAGUGUAUAGGGACAUUUUCUACGAUAGGUCAUAUGAUAUAAAAACAUCUCAAGAAUGUUGAAAUCAUACCAUCUUUUUAGACAGUAAUGGUAUAAAGGUGUAAAACUAUAAAUCAACGACAGGAAGAAAGCUGGAAAUCUUACAAAUAUAUGGGCACUAGACAAGACACUUCUAAACAAUAGAGAAAAAAAUGGAAAUGAAAAAUUUUCUUGAUACAAAUGAAAAUGUAAAUACAACCUAUCAAAUCUUAUGGGAUGCAGCAAAAAGCAGUUCUGAAAGUUUAUAGCAAUAAGUUCAUAUAUUAAGAAAUUUAGAAAAAUCUCAUAAACAACCUACCUUUACACCUCAAGGAAACAGAGAAAGAAGAAAUUAAGCCUGAAGUUAGGAGGAGGAAGGAAGCAGUAAAGAUCAGAAUGGAAAUACAUAAAAUAGAGACCAGGGGGAAAAAAGAAAGACUUAAGACCUGAUACUUUAAAACUCUUAGAAAACAUAGGAAAGGACCUGAGCAUUGGUCUUGAUGAUGAUUUUUUGGAUAUAACAACAAAAAUAAAAAACAAAUGGGAUUACAUCAAAUUAAAAACCUUCUGCACAGCAAAAGAUAUAGUUAACAAAGUGAAAAGGCAACCUGCAGAAUGCGAGAAACUUUUUGCAGAUUGUGUAUAUACAAGGUUUAAUAUCCAAAAUAUAGAGAGAAUUCAUACAACUCAGUAACAAAAACCCAAACAAUUUGACUUAAAAAUGGGCAGAAGACCUAAGUAGACAUUUUUCCAAAGAAGAUACAGAUGGUCGUCAGGUACAUGAAAAGAUGUUCAGUAUCACUAAUCAUCAGGGAAAGGCAAAUCAAAACCACAGUGAGGUAUCUCUCAUACCUGUUAAAAUGGCUAUCAUCAAACAGACAAGACAACUAGUACUAGUGAAGAUGUGGAGAAAAGGGAACCCUUGGUACAUUGUUGGUGGGAAUGUAAACUGGUGCAGCCACUAUGGAAAACAGUAUGGAGGUUCCUCAGAAAAUUAAGAAUAGAAAUACCAUCUGAUCCAGCAAUUCCACUUCUGAGUUAUUUACCUGAAGAAAACAAAAACUAAGUCAAAAAGAUACGUGUACCGAAAUAUUCAUUGCAGCAUGAUUUAUAAUAGCCAAGAUGUGGAAAAAGCCUUAGUGUCCACUGAUGGAUGAAUAAAGAAAAUAUGAUGCAUAUAUAAUUAUUCAGCCAUAAAAAAUGGAAGAUAUCCUGCCAUUUGUGACAACAGAUAGCCUUGGCACAUUAUGCUAAGUGACAUAAGUCAGACAGAAAAAGACAAGUACUGUAUAAUAUCACUUAUAUUUGGAAUUUAAAAAAGCCAAACUUGUAGAAACAGAGAAUAAAAUAGCGGUUAUCAGGGGGUGGGGGUGAGGGAAAAGACUAUUGUUGUUUAAGGGUACAAAUUUACAAGUAGUUAAAGCAGCUCUAGAGAUAUAAUGCACAGUACAGGGAAUACAGACAACAGUAUCAUAUUACAGUCAUCAAACUUGUUAAGAGAACUUGGUCCAACUACCAAAAAACGGGUAACUGUGUUAGGAGAUAGAGAUGCUAAUUAUUACUGCAAUGGCAAUCAUAUUACAAUAUAUAAAUUAUCAAAUUAACAUGUUACAUGUCAAGUAUAUUAAAAAAAAAAAAAAGAACACCAGUCUACAAGAGGGAUGAAGACUGAUUUGUAUCUUGAGUCCUUUACACCCAGCACAGGACCUCCUUAAGUCUCAUUAAGUAUCAUACUUACACAAAUGCGGAGGGAACAUACAAUAAACUCCCAUUUAUCCAGCACCCACUCAAAAAAUCAUCCCUCAGAAAAAGAAAGAAACAAAACAAAACUUUCUUCCUCUAAGCAUAUCCCAUUCUUUGGUCCGUAUCAUGAAUGAAAGAUUAUUUUUCAUAAGGCUACUUGUAAAAUAGCAAAAACAUGUUUUGCUUGUCACAAGGUAUAUUGCCUGUUUUAUUACUGACUUUUCAAAUCAAAUUUAAAUAAGCCAUACAUUUCUAAUAUAAUGCAAUAAGUUAGUCAUUAAAAAAAAUCUAAACAGGUUGCUUACUUUGUCUAAUAUAAAAGGAAACCAAUAAAAAGUAUGUGAAAUAUAUGUAUGUACUUUAAUUUAGAAAUUCUAAAGAUUUACUCUAAAGAAAAUUUGAAAGAAUGCCAAUGUAUGUGACAAGGGUGCUUACUGAAACAUUUUUAUCACAGAAAACAACUAAAUUAAAUAUUCCACAGUGGGGAACUGCUUAACUUAGAAUAAUAAAUAAUCAUAAAACUGAUAUAAAUAUUUUUUAUUUUCAUAGUAAGUGGUCUGAAUUAUUGUUGAGUUAGAAAAAAAUGUUGAUAAAACAAUGUACAAAUAACACCACAAAAUGUCAGCAGUGCUUAUGUUGGGGCGGUGGGCUUACACUCUGUAUUUUUCUGUAUUGAUUUAAUUUCUUAUAUUGGAAUAUAUCCCUUUUGUAAUAAAAACUACAGUAAGGUGGUUUUCA